AAUACAUACGAUUCUCGAAUGCAUUUCGUAUUCAUGUUUCUUAUACUCGCUUUGCCCGGUUGCUGUAAAAACUGGUUAAGUUUGGAAGCUGCCAAGGCAAGCGGGACGCGUUUGUAAGCCACAGUAGGCUGAGGUCACUCAUUCGAAGCCUGCAACUGGUAGCGUGUGGAUGAACAUAUAGUCGAAUGAUCUGCGACCCGUGAAAAUUUACAGACGAGGCAGCUUCUGAUUUGGAUUACCAGAAGCUGGGGCGACUCUAAAUUUUGUUACCCAGUGAUAAUAUACAGACGCAGCAGUUUCUGAUUUGGAUUACCAGAAGCUGGGGCGACUCUAAAUUUUGUUACCCAGUGAAAAUUCACAGACGAGGCAGCUUCUAAUUUGGAUUACCAGAAGCUGGGGCGACUCUAAACUUUGUUAGGGAAGUCAUUGGAUGUGUGGACACCACGCCGCUAUAUAGUGGCGGCCAUUAUAACUUUCGAAUUGAUAAAUGUGAUUUAUUAUCAUAAUACUGGCUUCUUGUAAAGAGUUACUGGACCCUGAUGGCCGAGGAAUCUUGGUAAUUCGAUAAAAAACUCAGUAAGUUUACCAUGAAAUCUGAGUAAGCAUUUCGAAGAAAUCGGUGUUAGCAUGAAUUACGUAUGAGAUUUUUGGCAAUUUCGGACGAAAUAUUCACUAUCGUCAGCUGCAGGAAAACUGAAGAAUGACGAUCAAUUUUUUACAACAAUAUCAAAAUAAACUUUGAGAGUUGUCAAUGUGAUCACAAAUUGUGAGAGUUGAAGUGAAGUAUUGGUUACCGCAAUCGAUACGCCGCACCUUGUACCGUUACUGAGAAGAAUUUUUUCUAUGCAAAUAAAAAGGUUAUUAGAAUCUGUGUCUUGAAAAAUGUGCAUUCGCAAGAUAUUUAUAACUUGUGAUGAUAAUUAUACGUACUCGUGGCGCACUUUAGAAUGUUGCACAGUUGUUGUGUGAUAUAUAAGACAAUUUUUUUGUGGAGUAUUCAGAGUUUAGUAGCUGUGUGUGUCACUGAUACUUCAAUAUGACUUUUGCAACAUGGAUAUCGAUGAUCACCCUUCCUAACAUUAAGCUGCUGUUGCAGCGGCCGCUGCUGCAGCUGCUGCGGUUGCUGCUGAUGCUGCUGCUGUUCGAGUCGCCGAAGCGAUACCCUGACCCGACCAUACUGGACGCAUAUGACUUCAUUGUGGUUGGUGGCGGCACGUGUGGCUGCGUGAUCGCCUCACGUCUUGCUGACGCGGGUGCCAGCGUGCUACUGCUGGAGGCAGGCUCGGCCGCGCACCCUGAAUCGACCGUCCCGGGACUCUGGCCUGCAGCGCUGGGCGGGGACAUGGACUGGGACUACCGUCUCGCCUCGCAACCCUUCUCGCAGAAAGGAUUUGCGCAAAAUGCAUCACACAUUUCUCAAGGCAAAGUACUAGGCGGGUCCAGCGCCAUCAGCUACUACAUCUACUCCCGCGGCAGUGCCCAGGAUUUCGACAACUGGGCGGACAUGGGCAACCCGGGCUGGAGUUAUGAGGACGUGGUGCCGUACUUCCAGAAGCUCGAGGGAUUUGUCAUGAACGAGUCAAUGUCACUCAACGGGCGAGGUAGCGGGUUUGGCAGCAAAGGUCCGUUCCGCAUUGCUCCAAAGUCUUUCCGCACUCCAGUUGGCCGGAACUUCCUCAGGGCCGGCAUGGAGCUCGGACAUGGAGUUCUCAGCUCCAGCUCACCAGAAGGCGUCGGAUUUUCUGACGGUCACUUCACUAUUCGCGACGGCCGGAGGGGAACAACGGCCGAGAGUUACAUCGCUGGAAGUCGCUCGAACAACGUACUGCAUGUGAAAACCCGUGCGACUGUCGUCAAGAUCCUCUUCGAUGAAAACAAGAAAGCUGACGGCGUCACGUACAGCAGCGGAGGGCAGCUGCAGUCUGUCGUGGCCCGCAGAGAGGUGAUACUCAGCGCAGGCGCCCUCAACUCGCCGAAGUUGCUCAUGCUCUCGGGCGUGGGUCCUAAGAAUCACCUGGUCUCUAAAAGGAUCAAAGUCUUAGUGCCCCUAGAAGGAGUUGGACAAAACCUGCAAGAUCAUCACACGAUUUUUCACUUGCCUUUUGCGGUCGCCAACGGGACAGGGCCUUCACUCAAGAGCUUAUUAUCAUUUGAAAAUUGGAAACGUUUCCUUUUUUCGAGGGAAGGUCUCCUGACCCGGCCCUACGGAGUCGACGGGACGGCCAAAAUCAACCUCGGCGAAACUGACAGCAAUUGGCCGAACGUUCACUUCGUCUUGUUCAGCUCGCCUUUAGAUUUUGGGAAAUUCUCUGAUUCCGUCAGGCUGUCGCUUAGAGAAGAAAUAAGGCAGGAAGUCCUAGGUCCCCUAGAAGGCAUUCCCCACGUGUACAUCAUCCCAUCACUGCUGCGCCCCAAGAGCCGGGGUUGGGUCCUCCUCAACUCCAACAACCCCGACCACGACCCCAUCGUCGACUUCAACUUCCUCUCUCAUCCCCACGACAUCGACUUGAUCGUUGAGGCAAUUCGCUACGCCUUCAAAAUUGGAGGCACAAAUGCCAUGAACGGAGAUUCCGGAGCCAGAUUUAUCUCUAAGAAACUGAGCGCAUGCACCCAGUAUGGAGACAACUCCCCCAAACUGAGCGCAUGCACCCAGUAUGGAGACAACUCCCCCGCCUACUGGGAGUGCUAUGCACGCCACCUCCUCACAACCUCCAACAACCCCGCGGGGAGCUGCCGCAUGGGGCCUUCCAGCGACAGGUUCAGCGUUGUGUCCCACGAACUCAAGGUACACGGCGUGCGUGGUUUAAGAGUGGCCGAUGCGUCCAUUAUGCCUCAGAUCGUCUCCGCACCGCCUAUGGCCGCAACCAUCAUGAUUGGGGAAAAGGCGGCAGACCUUAUCUUGAGGGAAUGGAACUUGACUGUUGCAGCUAUAUAACUGCAAAAGCUAUAAUUAAGUCAUUAUAAUUACAUUCUCUGGCUUAUUUUUUAAUUAUUUACCCUUCAAGGGGGACUUCAGACUCGUGUCUGUGCUCGUCUGAAGUCCUAUGUGAUUUCGGGUUCCUAUGGACAUUGUCCCUGAGCGCCCCAUCGCUGAGCUCGCGGUGUCUGACUGCAGGUCUCAGUUGUGGGGUUAAGUUAUUA